CAACUAGAAUCAGUCGCAAAAAUGUUAUCAAUAAUUUUAUUUUCUAUCCUCACGGGACUAGUGUCUUACAUUUUCUAUUUGGCCGUAAAACGUCAAAAUUACUGGAAAGAUCGUAAUAUUCCGCAUAUUAAAGCUCCCAUAUGGGGCCAUGUGCUAAAACCUACUUUAUUACAAGAGAAUAUUGCUGACACUCUCAAUAACUUGUACCACCACAAGGAUGCUCAAGGACAAAAGUUCGUUGGAAUCAACAUUUUUCACAAACCCUCGAUACUUAUUCGUGAUCCAGAAUUGAUAAAACGAGUUCUUGUCAAAGAUUUUAAUUAUUUCGCAAAUCGUCAUGUUGGAGCUGAUACCGAAACUGAUCCCUUAUCCGCAAAUAAUUUAUUCCAAGUUAAUAAUCCGAUGUGGAAGAUUAUAAGAACAAAGUUGUCCCCGAUUUUUACUAGUGGAAAAAUGAAGCAAAUGUUUUACAUGGUCGACAAAGUGGGGAAUGACAUGAAUGAAGUGAUUACUUCUCGAGUAGCAGCUGGAAAUGCUGAAUUUAGUGUUCGUAAUUUAUUUGCCAUGUUUACAGUGGAUGCCAUAACUUUAGUAGCUUUUGCGACAGAAGCGAAUUGUUUGAAAAAUCCAGAAGAAUCUGAAGUCCUCAAAAACGCAAAAAUAGCUUUUUCUGUCACAACGUUGGAAAAAAUUAGCACCAAUUGUUUGUUUUUCCUGCAAGAUUUCCUAAAACUGUUCCGAUUAAAAACUUUUAAUCCGAAAUUUGCGAAUUUCAUGUCAAAUUUAUUCCAUGAAGUCACAAAGGAACGCAUUAAAAGUGGCGGGGUGCGGAACGAUUUGAUUGAUUUCUUGAUUCAUAUUAAAAGUGCUGACCAGGAAGGCAUUAUGACAGACGAUGUUCUUUUGGCACAAGCGAUGGUCUUCUUUUUUGCUGGUUUUGAGACGAGUUCAUCCACUAUGGAGUUUGCUUUUUAUUUUCUGGCUAAAUAUCCGGAGGUUCAAGCAAAGGUACGAGACGAAAUCGAGCGUGGCUUUGAGAAACAUGGCAAACUUACGUACGAAUUUAUCUCCAAUGACAUGCCUUACACGUCAAAAGUCAUCAAAGAAACUCUCCGACUGUUCCCUACACUUCCAUUUCUCGAUCGAGAAUGUGAUCCUCCGACAGGGAUGGAUCCUGGAUAUUCCCUAGAGCCAUUCAGUGACUUCCGAAUCCCGAAAGGGAUGCCAAUUUAUAUUCCGGCGCAUGCAAUUCAACAUGACCCGCAGUAUUUCAGUGAUCCAGAGCGUUUCGAUCCAGACCGGUUUGAUGGUUCAAAGUCAUAUAACGAAUACACUUACAUGCCAUUUGGCUUGGGACCGAGAAAUUGCAUCGGAGAACGUUUUGCUCAUAUGCAGAUGAAAAUUGGCAUUGUGCAUGUCUUAAGGUCGUUUACUGUCGAGCCAAGUGCCGGGACACCAGACAACUUUAAAUUGGACCGAACGAAUACUUUGAUGCACCCCGAGAGAGAAAUUGUCUUGAAAUUCAUUCAGAAUCCCAUUAAAAUGUUGCCUUUCAUUUCGUAUUCUCACACAAUCAAGAUGAUUUUCGAAAAUAUUCUGGCAUUUCUGAUUAUCUUGGUGUCAUUUCUCCUCUAUUGGGGUUAUCGUCGUCAAACUUUCUGGGCACGUCACAAUGUCCCACACGUGAAAUCCCCUCUAUUCUUGGGAAACUUUUACAAAACAAUGUUCUUGAAAGAGCAUCUCAGUGUCACGUUCGAUUUUUUGUACAAUCAUGCAGUGGCGCGCAACGAACCGUUUAUCGGAGUGAAUCUUUUUCACAAACCGAUCGUUUUGUUGCGUGAUCCAGCGUUGAUUAAAAGAAUAUUGAUCAAGGAUUUUAAUUGUUUUUACGAACGUCACACAAGUGGAAAUCCGAAAAAUGAUCCUGUGGGUGCAAAUAACAUGUUUCAAGUGAGAAAUCCAAAGUGGAGAAUUUUGCGACAUAAAAUUUCACCUGUUUUUACAGCAAGUAAGAUGAAAAAGAUGUUUUACAUGAUCGAAAAAGUCGGAAGUGACUUGAAUGAACGAGUCAAGUAUCUUGUAACGGAAAAGGGAAAUCACGAAUUAGAAGUUAAAGAACUUUCAGGAUAUUUUACCACCGAUGUCAUCUCAAUAGUGGCCUUUGGAACGCAUGCCAACUCAAUAAAAACCCCGGAAACAUCGGAGUUUUUAAAAGCUGCGAAGGAAUCUUUCAUGCACAGCACGUGGAGUAAACUUGCCUUCAACUGUGUCUUCUUCCUACCAGAAGUGAUGAGUGCUUUGAGGCUAAAAACGUUUGAUCCGAGUUUUGAAGCGUUUUUACGACGAGUUUUAAAAGAUGUGAUGAACGAAAGAAAUAAAAGUGGCGGUGUGCGAAAUGAUCUCGUCGAUGUUUUGUUGGAGAUUCAAAAGGCUGAAGAAGGAAAUCGUGACACAAUUUUUACCGAAGACGUCAUCCUUGCUCAAGCAGCCGUUUUUGUAGCAGCUGGAUUUGAAACUUCUUCGUCUACAAUUGCGUUCGCCCUGUAUGAAAUUUCAAAAAAUCAAUCAAUUCACGAUCGUGUCCGAGAAGAAAUCGCUUCAGUAUUAAAAACACACAACGGAUUCCCCUACGAAGCAAUCACCAACGAACUUCCUUACCUUCAUGCUGUUAUCUCCGAAACACUUCGCAUGUACCCGAUCUUAGGAGUGCUCGAUCGAGAGUGUGUCAUUCCCGAUGGAUAUUCCUUGGAGCCAUUUAGUGACUUUAAAAUUCCUUGUGGAAUGGCUGUUUAUGUGCCCGUUGCUCCAAUUCACUACAAUCCGGAACACUUUCCCGAACCUCACAUUUUUGAUCCAACACGUUUUUUGGACAAAGACGCUCAUGCCGACACCUUCCUCGGCUUUGGCUUGGGACCUCGUAACUGCAUCGGAGAGCGAUUUGCAUGGAUUCAAGUGAAAAUGGCAAUCGUAUCAUUGCUUAAAUCCUUCAAAAUUGAGCUCGGCUCGACUUCGGUGCCACUUCCGCUGGACGAGACAUGCAUCUUAUCUGUGCCAAAAGAGGGAAUAAAGAUAAAAUUCACAGUCGAUGAGCUUCAGUAAACAAAUAUAAACAACUUGAUUAUCUCACUUUACAUUUCCCCAAGUAUUUAAUAAUAAACAUUUACUCCGUUCAAGCAGAUGAUGAUGAAGAAGACCUCUUCUUGCGUAUAUUAUUUAUUUAUUCAAGUGAUUAUCUAUGAGCAUGAUCACGAUGUUGAUGAGGUGUGUAAACAAAUUCCAUUGAUAUCCGGCCAAUUUUAUCAGCAAACUUCUUGUGGUGGCGCGAUUUCAAAAAAUAUUGACAGAAAAUGCUCAAAAAAAAUAUUCAAAUCAAGUUUCAAGUGAACAGUUUUUUCGGUCCUGGUCAAAACAAGCAAAUUUAGGGAAUUUCUUGUACACGCAAUCCAAAUGCAAUCGCAAACAUGACUCGAGUAUGUUAGACAAUGAUUUGAUAAGAAACAUGAGUUUUCGUUGUUAUUUAAUCAGACAAGUCAGGAUGAUACCAAAAAUAACAAAAAAAGAGACACACAUGAGGAGAUUAACAAACAAACGAAAAAAAAAACAAAACAAGACGCACAACACGAGAGAUACG